GGGCCACCAUGAAUGGCCAAAGUACCAGGUUUUUAUGGGCAGUAAAACUUUAGCCCAAACUGUCAAUGAACUCAAUUUUUUUUGCCUCCAUAAAGAGGCAAAUACAAAGAAAAUGGGGUUUCAACACAGAGAAAAACAAAUUCCAAGAGAUGGGCUGGGGUCAGUAUACAUGCUGUCUAUUCUCCUCUACCUUCUGGUUCUUCAUCCUACCUCUGUACUAUGAUGUUGAUGCUCUGAAGAAGACCCUGUAUCCCAGCAAUAUUCCUCAUCUAUAAAAUAUUUAAUUGUGUUCCUCUAAACCCAAAACACACAAGAUGAUGUCCAGGGAAGUUAGAGGAACAUAUGUCAGCUGAAGAAUUAGGGGUACGUUCCCUCCUGUCUACCUCCCCAAUUCACCCUGGCCCGCAUCCGGUUUGGAGUGUCCAUGUCGAUGGAGACAGAGGAGGAUGUUCUUCCACUUCUAACCUCCAAAGGACACCCUGGAGGCAUCUAGAUUGAGGUUACAGUUAUCCUUUGAGGAGCUGUAAGAAGAGUAUUUGGAAGUAGAUCAAAUCUAGAAUAAUCAAGUGUGAAAGGACUAUGGUUGUGAGUAGUAGCAAAUAGUACUGUUGCUACUGCUGCUACUGUUGCUAUACUGUGUUGAUAAAUACAAAGUAUAGUCAUAAAGGUGGAUCAUGAAUCAUGAUCCAGAAUGAUAUGGCUGUUAAGGCUUUCCAGGUCAGCCAGACAGUUGAGAUAAUCCUUAUUCAAGUGAGAAACGAAUUUGGCCCUCCUUUUCUGGAGGAGAGGGUUAGAAGGACGAUGGAUGGAUUUGGGGCCAUAUAGUAGGACUGAAUUCCUAGGCUGAGCUCCAACGACCUCUGAAUGCCCCAGAGAUAUCUGUGUUCCAUCUGAUCUGGUCUGCAGCAAGUCCACAGAAGCUACACUCACUUUUUCCUGCUGAAUUGUCAAAAUAAUUGCCCUUCAGCCCAUGCCUCGCUACCCUGUAGACAGAAUCCACUCAUUUCCCUGUCACAUGGGCUACAAUUGCUACUUCAAAUGAAAACCUGGGAAGCCAAUUCCCUGCUGCGGUUGAAAGCAUAUAAUUAGCUCCUCGUGCAACCUGACCCCACUGAUUUUUCUGAUGCAUGUGGCCUAGAGUGUGCCCUUUCUGAGACCUCCAAUGUCUUCUCCACAGCUGGGGAUGCCCAAAACUGCAUGCAGCACUUCCUGCGGGUGUGGCCUUGCAUUCUUAGGGCUGCAGGGUACCCGCCGCAUGCCAAAUGGAUCACAGGCUCCAGCCACUCACAGAUUCACAAUGCUUUUAAAAAUACAGCAGUGGAGUAUGAGUGGCUAUAUCAGAUAUGAGGGUUUUCCACCCCCUCCCUUUUCUUUUAAAAUAUGAUUUUGUAAUGGUGGCCUCAAGAAACACUAUAAUUGGUCAGCCGGGGGUGCGUUUGAAGGCCUUCCCUAUGGCGUCAUUAGCUAUUCUCAGGAAAGGCAGGGUAUCCCCCUGGGAGAAUGACAACACACUUGUUUCAAGUUAGGGAAGAGCCUGUGGUUCUCUUCCUGCGUUCAGGGGAAAGCGAACACACAAUGUUCGUUUCCUAAAUACGGGAUGUGCUGUGCUGGCAGGCCAUUUUCCACCAUGUCACGUCCUUCUGGAUGAAGGCAGCAGGGGUCAGGACAGGAAAUGGCAAAUUCUCAGAAUGAGACAAGGCUUUCCCAGGGCAGCCAUUGGUUCUCUGGGACUAUAAAGCACACUCAUCCAGAAACAGCCUCAGAUUUUACUUUCCUGGAGGCAGACAGAAGUGAAUGGGAAUGGAGAGGCCGGCAGCCCGGGAGCCACAUGGGCCGGACGCACUGAGGCGCUUCCAGGGGCUGCUGCUGGACCGCCGAGGCCGGCUGCACGGCCAGGUGCUGCGCCUGCGCGAGGUGGCCCGGCGCCUGGAGCGCCUGCGCAGGCGCUCCCUGGUGGCCAAUGUGGCUGGCAGCUCGCUGAGCGCAACAGGCGCCCUCGCAGCCAUCGUGGGGCUCUCGCUCAGCCCGGUCACCCUGGGGACCUCGCUGCUGGCGUCGGCCGUGGGGCUGGGGGUGGCCACAGCCGGAGGGGCUGUCACCAUCACGUCCGACCUCUCGCUGAUCUUCUGCAACUCCCGGGAGCUGCGGAGGGUGCAGGAGAUCGCGGCCACCUGCCAGGACCAGAUGCGGGAGAUCCUGAGCUGCCUGGAGUUCUUCUGCCGCUGGCAAGGCUGCGGGGACCGCCAGCUGCUGCAGUGCGGCAGGAACGCCUCCAUCGCCCUGUACAAUUCUGUCUACUUCAUCGUCUUCUUCGGCUCACGUGGCUUCCUCAUCCCCAGGCGGGCGGAGGGGGACACCAAGGUUAGCCAGGCCGUGCUGAAGGCCAAAGUUCAGAAACUGGCCGAGAGCCUGGAGUCCUGCACGGGGGCUCUGGACGAACUCAGCGAACAGCUGGAGUCUCGGGUCCAGCUCUGCACCAAGUACAGCCGUGGCCACGACCUCAAGAUCUCUGCUGACCAGCGUGCAGGGCUGUUUUUCUGAGAACAUCCUUUCCCCCUAAUGACCGAGGCCAGCAAAUCAUCCCCAUGGGAUGCUCCAGAUUUUGUAGCUCCCUUAGGAAAACACCACGCUGGGUUAGGAGCCGAAGGCAAAGGAUGAGAAAAACUGGUUUUGAAGUGGGUGGGUCCCCAGAGCCCUUCUUUUCCCAUCACUGUGACAUCUGCCUGGGCUUGAGUGCUACGGACUUUUCAGUUGUGUGAUCCUAGUGGAAGAAUGUGACCCCAAAACUCUUUUUCCUUUAUCAAAACCUUUCUGUCUAAACACAGCUGGGCAGGCACUACUGUUUGAAAGUUACUUCGGGGUCCCUGACCCUGCCCUGGUGGCCUGACCUGAGACUGGAGAGAGUGCCGCCCUCUGGGUCCUCUCCAAGUCCUACUAGUCUUUGAAGUCCUCAAAAUGCCCAUGAAAGAAGGCAUUUGCCUCUCUUCCAGAAUGUCUGAUACAAAGAACUGCAGAAUCCAGAGCAAAUCAGCCCUUCUCUAAACGUUGUAGGACGGUUCAGAACUCAGAGAGGGCCCUGGUGUUGACAAGUCCUCCUCUUCCCUUUCCCUUCAGCUUACCCACUCCCAGAUACAGCCUGAGUAUGCAGUAGGCCUUUCCUGAGUGGCUCCCAAUCCAGUCCUCCAAGUACUCAGAGGGGAAGCCGGUUAAACCAUCAUCUAAGUCCUGCUCCCUCACAUGAAGAAGCUGAGGGCCCGAUAGAUGGAGCGACUGCCAACUUCAUUUCCCGACAUCAUUGUGUUCAGAAGAGAGUGAUGGGUUGAGUUAGACAAUCCUGGGCUUGAGACAGGCUUUGUCACUACUGUGUGAGUGUAGCCACCUAAUCUGUCUUUGACUGUGUAAAACAAAGAUGAUAAAACCUCAUCCGGUUGUGAGAUAUUAAAUGAGCCAAAGUGCCUAGCAUAGUGCUGGCUCAUAUAGUGUAGUACCUGGAAUGGCAGAUUAACACCACCCGGGAACUUGUUAGAAAGGCAAAUUCUUGGACACAAUCCCCCUGACUUAUGGAAUCAGAAACUCUGGAUGUGGAGCCCGGCAACCUGAGUUUAAACAAUUUCUCUCCGUGGUUCUGCGGCACACUAAGGUUUGAAAACCACUGCAACAAAUGCUAACUUCUAAUCCCCUUGAUGAGCUUUCACGAAGUUUCGCAGCUUCUCUAGGGACUCCACGGUCUUCAGAGUCAUUCACAGAUGACCAAGGACAUACUGUGUCCCAGAAGCCAAAAUGAGAGAGAGAGAGCGCGCGAGCACCCGUACGUGCAUCCUGAGGCAGUGUCUCACUGUACGAACUAAGGGAUGUAACACUGUCAGUCCAUUAGAGGGCAGUGUUUCCCAUCUAUUGUAGAAACUGGUACAGAAAGGAACGUGAAAUUCCCGAAACUGACCUUCCUCUAUUAUUACCUUCUCUGAAAAGCGCCAGUCCAUGUAUUUUUUAUUUAUUUUAAGUUUGUAAUUUAAUUAUUGUUUAUUGUUUGCAUUUAAUUUUAUUUAACCACCACAUUUAGAAAAUAAUAAGAGCAAGUUUCUAAAUGGGAGACUGCUGAGGCUCUUUGCAAGAGAUGAGAUUAAGUUUGAGUUUCUAAGGCAGGGCAUGGGCUGGAAAUAGCAUUGCUUUCCUUGAAUGUCUCUCUCCUUCAGGGAGACUUUUAUUCUCUAGUGUUUUAAGUGAUCCUUUUAAGUAAGUGCGGAGAGUCUUAAAGAGCAAGACCAGGAGCUGAGUUUAAGCUUGUAAUGGAGGCUUGCAUUGUGGGAUAUAUAACUGAGGCAGCAUAUUUAUCCUGAAGGUAUUUUACCAGAAGAUAACACUUGACCUGGAAAAGGAACCUAUUUAGUUCAGGAAAGAUAAAAAGUUUAGAGGUAUGUGAAGGAAGCACUUAGACCUUGCAAGCCUGGUGUCCUAUCAAGUUAUGUCUUAUGGGUGACAGACAAAAUAUUCCGUCUUAUGCUGGUGAUGUGUUGCAUUUUCACUUCGGGGUCUGUAAGAAACUGUCAGCGAAAAUGUAUACAAUUCCUUCAGUUUCCAUUCUUAACAACCGUAAUGUUGAAAAGUAAGUUGAAAAGUCUUUGGGACCAUA